AUGGCGCAAGUUGUUUGGAUGUCGUGCAGCAGGAGCAACAGCAGCAGCAGCAGCAGCGGAGGAACAGACUCCAUUGCAUCCCCAAGACCAGCAAACCCAGCAGCAGCAGCAGCAGCAGCCCCAGCAGCAGCAGCAGUGGAAGCAGCAAAAACGCAAGUCCCCAUCUACACCUGUCCCCAAAUCCCACAGAGUGCAACAGAGACAGGAAGCCCAGGAGCACCGCGGUCCCCGCGCAAAGACGGAUUUUUAGCUGCCGAGGAGUCGGCGAGCAGUGGUGGAGGGAGGGAUUAUGAAAGGGAGAGAGUUGUAAAGAGAAGGAGUGAUGGGAAGGAGUGGGAGAAGCAGGAUCUUGAGGAGGACAGAGAGAAAGCCGAGAUCUCCUUGGAGGAGAAUGCAGAGGGGAGUGGGGAGGAGAGUGCGGAGGGGAAUGGGGAGGAGGAUAAUGGAAGGGAGGAUGGAGAGGAGGAUGGAAGGGAGGAGGAGGAGGAUCAGUAUACAGGUGAAUGCUUCACGGAUUUGGAUGCAUGA